UCCAUGUAAUUUGUCUCUGCAAUUGCAUGCAUGCAGGAAUCCCAAUGUGAAAUUAAAACAGGGGAACCCCAUUUUUGUUUUAUUUAUUUUUGUAAUCAAUCUUGUACCAGAGAGGCAGAGACACCUUACUUGCUUGAUAACUAUCAAAAAAAAAAAAAACCUUGCUUGAUUGCUCAUCCCUUUUUACGGUUACAGAUGCUAAGCUUUGAGCCACUGACCAUGCUAUGUGUUGCCUUCCUCCCCUCACUCAGUCCCCCCCUCUCUUCUUCUUCUUCUUCUUCUUCUUCUUCCCUGAUUCCUUUCUUUGAGAACAUCGUACUAUUCCGACUUUCCAGAACUGGGUUUUAGGGGGAAAUUGUAUUUGAUUUAUAGUUCUGUCUCUGACUGAAGGGUUCAGCAACUUCCAGUCUUCUUCCUCCCCUCUUUUUUUUCCUCUAUUUUUCUAAUGUUAGAGAUCUAGGGCUCCUUGGUGGAACUGGGUUUUCUCGGACGAAUUACUUUGGUGGUGUUUUGGAUUGUUCUCUCCCAACCCCCUUAUUCUUCAAUUCCUGGGUUGUGGAUGUUGCUUCUCUUAUGGGAUACCGAGUUAUCUUCCUUUUACGGAAAGGUGUCCGAUUUCAGGGGAUCUCUGCAUUGGGUUGUGUUCCCGUGAUUCAAAUGUGAGAAAAGAGAAAUAAUUAGUUGAAGUUUCGGGUGAGGUUCAUGUGAUUUACAAAUUUCCACUUUCAGUUUUUCUGGGGUGCCUUGGAUUUGUUCCCUUUCCCCUCUGCUAUUGCAAAUAAUGGCAUAGAAUGCUUUAUGAGUUGACCUGUUUGGUGGGUUUUUGGUUUUGAUUCACGGGAUGAUAGGUUAAUCACAGGAAACCUUUUGGGUGAAGUUCAUGUGAACUUGGCUUCCUUUUUAUUGAUAGUUUCGUUCUUCACCAUUAUCAAUCUUCUGCUUGAAACUCUUCAAAGUUCUAAAACAGGGGAUUUUGUUAAUCGUUAGAGCUUUUCUUGUUUUUUGUCCUCCCUCUGUUUUGGAGAUGGGCCAUUCUGCAGCAGUCUGGGAUCAGAGAACUCCGGUUGAAGUUACAAAGGACUGGAAUGGAAUUGAUCAGGUUGCCCUUCGUUCCCCAAGAGGAGCUUCUGCUCGGGUUAGUUUGUUUGGAGGUCAGGUUGUUUCAUGGAGGAAUGAUCGUGGGGAGGAGCUUCUGUUCACUAGUAGUAAGGCCAUUUUUAAGCCACCAAAAGGAAUGCGAGGGGGCAUCCCUAUUUGUUUCCCACAGUUUGGAAACUGUGGAUCAUUAGAGCUGCAGGGAUUUGCAAGAAACAAGAUUUGGACUAUUGAUGAUAAUCCUCCACCUUUGCGCCCCAGUGAUUACAAAGGCAAAUCUUUUAUUGACUUGCUACUCAAACCAUCUGAUGAAGAUCUGAAAUUCUGGCCUCACAGCUUUGAGUUUCGCCUUAGGGUGUCUCUCACAGUGGAUGGAGUUCUCACCAUGAUAUCACGAAUUAGGAACAUUGAUGGAAAGCCGUUCAGUUUCUCAUUCGCUUAUCACACACACUUCUCCGUUUCUGAUAUCAGUGAAGUGAGGAUAGAAGGGUUGGAAACACUGGACUAUCUGGACAACCUUUGCCAAAGAGAACGCUUUACAGAACAAGGAGAUGCAAUCACCUUCGAAUCUGAGGUGGAUCGGGUUUAUGUCAGUUCUCCUAAUUUAAUAGCAGUCCUCGACCAUGAAAAGAAGCGGACAUUUGUUAUUAGGAAGGAAGGACUUCCAGAUGUAGUGGUUUGGAAUCCAUGGGAGAAAAAAUCCAAAGCCAUGAUAGAUUUUGGAGAUGAAGAGUACAAACAAAUGCUGUGUGUUGAUGGUGCAGCAAUUGAGAAAUCGAUCACCUUGAAGCCCGGUGAGGAAUGGACAGGGCGAUUAGAGCUCUCUGUUGUGCCCUCAAGUUAUUGUAGUGAGCACCUCGAUCCCCUUCAAAGGAGCUUGUUCUAGUGACCAUAGCUGUUGGUGUUUGCUAUGGCAUUCCUUCACACCUUUUUUUUUUUCCUUUUUGGGAGUCAUGUAACAUUAUAAACAAUUUUCAUAACCAUGCGGGUGCAAAAUGCUGAAACAAAAUAAAAAAGUUAGUGUUUUUUUAA